AUGUCUUGCGGCAAUCCCUCCACGGAGGCUGAUGCAUUGAUGCAACGCCGCAAGAAAUACGAUAAAACCAAAGCUUGUGUCAGAUGUAAAACCUCUGAGGGCAAUCUCGUCGUCCGGCAUGCUGUAUACUGCAAGGACUGCUUCUUUCCCUAUGUUACGCACAGGUUCCGCCGUGCACUUGAGCCGACGGUUAAUCCCAUCCCAGAUGGCCCUCGCAAGACUACCUUGAAGCCGGCAGGCAAUCUGCUCAUCGGCUUAUCUGGAGGUCUCGGUUCUUCAACACUUCUCGAUCUCGCACACCGAUGCUACAUCGCCCUCGACAAAUCCACAAUGCCGACGAACGGUGGGCGAGAUCAUCCCAGACACGGGCAGGUGUGGAAGAAGAUUGUUGCAUGCUAUGUUGAAGUCUGCGACGCCUUCCCCGGGAUGAAAGAUCGCACCGAAGACGUUUCCCAAUUCGUUGGGAAAUACAACGAAAUCGACCUCAUUUCUCUUCGAAUACAAGACGCAUUCGAUUCCUCAUGGUGGGAGACAGUCGGCGGAAAGACUGCGCGCUCUGCUCUGGGUGCAUCUUUGACGGAUGAAGGACUCCCAAUCGAGGCCCUCUCCGAAGCAACUCAAGACCCCCUUCCAUCCCUUCGGGCAUACCUCUCCACCCUCCCUACUCCAACCGCCGUCCACGCUUCCGUCCAAACCCUCACACGACUGUUGCUCCUCCACACCGCACUCCAUGAAGGCGCAUCCCACCUCGUCCUCGGAACCUCUCUGACCUCCCUCGCGGUGUCCCUCAUCUCCGGAGUCGCGCAAGGCUCUGGUUUCAACGUUCGUGAGGAGAUGUACGAGGAGUGGGUCCCGAAUCCCAUCGUUGCAGACCAGAAGGAGGAGAAGGAGAAGGCAUCGCUCCCCGUGGAGCACACCAUCCGCGUCGUCCGCCCCCUUCGCGAUCUCGGGAUGAAAGAAUGUGCGGCAUGGGCACAUUGGUCCGGCGUCCCCGUCGUCGGGAAAGAGAAGUGGGAAUGGGCUGGCGCGAAGCCCGGCAUCAGCGCGCUCACGAAAGACUUCAUCCUCGGUCUCGAGCAAGACUACCCCUCAACCGUGUCGACGAUUGUCCGGACCUGCGCCAAGCUCGCGCCCAAAGGCGCUGUCGCCUGCGCGUGCGCCCUAUGUGGUCGCCCCGUGCAGGAAGGCGUGCAAGAGUGGACGGCCCGCAUAUCCAUCCGCGCGCACCCCGGUCCACCCUCAAAUCCACCCUCCACCUCGCCAGCACCACCCACACCUCCGGCCGACUACGCCCCCAACAUGUCUCUCACCCCGCUCCUCUGCUACCCGUGUCGGACGAUGAUCACGAGCCGCAGCGCGCGCCCCAUGCCGUCGCCGUGGCCGCGCGCCGUUGGCGAGUCCAGGUCUGGAGGUGCCAUCGCGCUCCCAGUUUGGACCGCCGCUCGCUUGUCGGCCGCCGCAGCCGCGGCGGUGGAUGCAGAUACGCGUGGAGGAGGCACCGACGAGGAAGACGGGGAGGUGCGGCAGAGCAAGAAGAUGAGUCUGGACGAGAUGCGUGGCGUCGUCGACACGUUCUUGCUGGCGGAUUAG